AUGAAUGCUCAAAGUGAUAAGGAACUGUUUGAGUUUCUAGCCAAUGCCCCAAAGGAGUUUCGAGAUGGCGAAAGAAUUAAGAAGUUUCAGUUAAAGAAUGGGGAUUACAUUCAUUGUGUAUUAUGGAAUAUGCACUUCUUCAUUACUGGAACAGACAUAGUAAAGAUAUUAGUCUGGAGAUUCCAGAACGCUGGUAGGUGCUUAACCAGCUUGAAAAAAUUUGAAGAAGGUGUAUUUUCUGAUUUAAGAAAUCUAAAACCUGGAAUAGAUGCAACACUUGAAGGCCCUAGAAGUGAGUUUUUAGAGUUUCUAUAUAAGAAUGGGUGUAUAAGGACGCAAAAGAAACAGAAGGUUUUUUACUGGUAUAGUGUUCCACACGAUGCUUUGUUUUGUGAUGCAUUAGAAAGGGACUUGAGAAGAGAAACAAAUCUAUUUACAUACAAUAAGUACAUUAAUAAUCUCACAAGAAACAGUAUGCUUCCUCAUGGAAUGGUUGGAUUUGUAAGCCAUACACGGCAAAACAGUAAGAGAAUUGGAGUGGAGGUUGAUCCACGAUAUUUAAGGGGUAUAGAAAAUAAGGUUCUUCCAAUGGGAAUGAUGUACAGUCAGGGAAGGCCCAUACCGCAACAGGGCAUACUCUUUGAUCAACAGCACCACAAGAAGGCACCUACCGUACCUCCCCAGCAGAAAUCACCAACUAUAUAUGACAAACAAUUUGAAGAAAUACAAAAAAAUGGGUUUUUAGACCAGACAUUUCCUGGGUUCAAUAUUAAGGACAAAUUAUUUUCUUCUGGAGAUCAACAGCUUGAUUAUGACCUCCACAGGACAGAUGGCUUGUUUUGUAAUGACUUAUUUAGCACGGCAAUAAUUGAAAAGCCUUCACCGAAUCCAGAUAUAGGGUCUUCUAAAAAAAGCAAAAUUUAUAACACAACACCAUCUUCGUUUCUUGAAGAACUUCCUGAUGGGUUUUCUCUCGACGACUUUGACUUCCUUAAGGAUCGCGCAGAAAAAAUAAACGCAGAUGAUGAGUCUCGUCAAGGCUCUCUUAAGGAAGGAACCAACCAAAGAAUCCCUCAUGAUGGCGUCACCCUGAUUCCAAAUGCAAAAGGUAGUCUCCAAAAAUAG